AUGUCACGAUCCACUUCCGCCCCGGAUACCCCGAAGUCCCCCGCACCAACCCGUUCUGGGCCCGGAUCUCCUCCACCGACGACUUCGUGCACGUCGAGGGCCAGAAGAAGGAAGGGCAGGAUUUUGUUGCGGAGGCCGCGCCGAGGGAGGGCGAGAUCAUCAUCAACCGACCGCGUAUUUCGGCGUUUUACAACAGCGAUUUGGAGGUUGUGCUGA